AUGAUUACACAGUACAACUUCUACUACUGUUUAACCAUUUCUUCUCAUGAUGCCAAGUUUUUCCAAUUUUUUUCCCUGGUUAAUUGUUUGAUACACACAUCGAUAAACGCUACUACUACUACUACUACUACUACUACUACUACUACUACUACUACUACUACUACUACUACUACUACUACUACUACUACUACUACUACUACUACUACUACUACUACUAUUACUACUACUACUAUCACUACUACUACUAUCACUACUACUACUACUACUACUACUACUAUCACUACUACUACCACUACUACUACUACUACAACAACUACUACUAUUAUUAUUAUUAUUAUUAUUAUUAGCAGUAACAAUUGUCAGCGUAUUAGAAAUAUUUCUGCCAAACUGUUUUAUUAAUUACUGACUGAUAUUGUUAUCUGUUAGCCCACUCAUUGGACUAUUACUACUGCUGUUACAGUUGCUGCUGUCAGAAAAUGAAGAAAAAAGCCCAGUGUGUUACACCCAACACUUCUUAACUACAUAGUUUGAAUUCUUUCUGUAUUUUUAUUCUUUUAUCUGUGAUAAAAUGUCAAGCACAACCGGCUUGCCAAUUCAAUAAGGUGUGUGUGUGUAUUCAAGUGUUUCGACAGUUUUUUUUGUUUGGUUUUUCCAGUGCAUUAUUGAUUUCCAUCUUUCGGUUUUUGAGAAAAUCAAUAAUCAAUUGAUUUUAUUUUUCUAUUACUAUCGGUCAUUAUUAUUAUUAUGAAUAUUAUUACUGGUACUGCAACCAGCCUGGGAGACAUAGUUGUACUUCUGCAUCUAUAUACAUAUAUAUAUAUAUAUAUAUAUACUACUAUCACGACUCCUGUAAACAGUAGUAUCUAGCGUAUAUUUCAAUGAACAAUAGAAAAGUAAACAAAUAUUCAUAUCGUUUUUUUCGUAAAUAUUUAAAAUCCAGAGGAGGAAACAUUAGACCAACUUUGAAUACACCAACACACACACACACGCACUCUCUCUGUGUGUGUUAGUUACUUCCUUCGUUUCAUCUCUCUUGUUCUCACUAGGUCCGGCAAAAUGAUUUCCAACUGGAAAUUGUGGCUUGAUUCAAACUUUUGAGUAUUCUCCAUUUCGAUUAACACAUACACUGAAAUUAACUAGCUAACCUUUCAUUCAAUAGAAUUUUGUUUUUAUUGUAUUGUUCAUUUGUUAUGCACUUUUUCGCCUUUUCUAUUCUUAACAAAAUUUUUAUACAGUCUGUCAUUGUUUUUAUAAAAAUUAUUUAUAGUAAUAAUAAUAACGUAGUUUCAAUGAAACGUUGUCUGUCUUUGACAAAACUUU